ACCUGCCAAUAUUAAAACUGCAUUACUUCUACGCACUUCAAACCUCUCCUUAAAGAGCUUUUUAAAAAGUUUUUACUUUUGGCCUCCACUCCAGGCCUCUGACCUUCAUGGGAUCACAGACGAAGCGAGUUCUGCUCACCCCGCUCAUGCAUCCGGCUCGCCCCUUCCGGGUCUCCAACCACGACCGGAGCAGCCGGCGUGGGGUGAUGGCCAACAGCCUGAAGGAACUCAUCAGCAAGACUCUGGAUGUCCUGGUCAUCACUGCCGGAUUGGUCACUCUGGUGCUGGAGGAAGAUGGCACUGUGGUGGACACAGAAGAGUUCUUUCAGACCUUAGGAGAUAACACGCAUUUCAUGGUCUUGGAAAAAGGACAGAAGUGGACUCCGGGUAGGAAAUAUGUUCCAGCUUGCCAGCCGCCAAAGAAAUCAGGAGUAGCAAGGGUAACCUUCAACUUGUACAAGCAGAAUCCCAAGGACUUCAUCGGCUGCCUCAAUGUGAAAGCCACGAUGUACGAGAUGUAUUCUGUGUCCUACGACAUCCGGUGCACGGGGGUCAAGGCCCUGCUGAGGAGUCUGCUGCGGUUCCUGUCCUACACUGCCCAGGUGACCGGGCAGUUCCUUAUCUACGCCAGCUCGUACAUGCUUCGAGUGCUGUGUGACACAGAAGAGCAACCUUCCCUCAGGUCACACACCAAGGGCCGGUUCAUGUGUAGAUAGGGACACUUGCCAUCGACGUGCUAACUGGCCUCUUGACCCAACACUCUGUUUUAAGUGACACAUUUUGAAGAUACUAGUAUGUUCUUAACCACAUGUACUUGUAGGCUGCCGGUCGCUUUGCUCAGGCAUGGUGCCCAGGUGAAGGACAGGGCUUGGUGGCAUGUGAUUUGGGGACUGGGUGGGGGAGGAGACCUGGAGGGACCCCUGUGGGCCUGGGAAGAGACCAACAAUGGAUGUCAGAGUAGUCUGCCUAUGCACGAGACCUAUUUGCCUCCUCACUUCCUGCAAUAAACUGAUCAGAAGAAC